UCGGUCCGCGCCCCUCGGGGGGAAAAGGGGGGGCGGAGGGGCCGGCAGGACCGAGCAGAGUGUGUGGGCUCUGGGGUCGCGGGUUUAGUCCAAGGGCUGUGAGCUGGCUUCGUGGGGGCGGGACUGUCCUAUCAGUUGCUACUGAGGAGAGUUGACCUCUGUUUGGGGGUGGGGAGGGCCCGUUAAGUGCGGUAACCAACCACCCCCCACCCCACCGUACCCCCGGUGGGGCUCGGCAUUGAGAGCCUUGCACCCACCCGGUGGCACUUAAGGCUUAAGGAAGAGCCACAGGGUAAAGCCCAGGGACGCAUUUCCCGCCUAAGACCCAGAACUAUCAUCUCGCAUUAAUUACACAUAGCCCCUUACUCGCAGGCAACCGUCAGGUCACCCGGGCCUGCACUUGCCCUUUGACUGGGGCGGAAGACUGUUUACUGAUGAGAGCUCCGAGUGGGGAAGGGGCGUGUCCAGCAGAAGUUUUUUCUGGGCGAAUGGAGGGAAACUGGGGGUUCGUGAUGGUCCCUGGAAUACAGCAACAGAGUUAUGACGCUACCACUGAGUCUCUGUAUGACCUUUAGCGACUGCUAAUCACUAGACAGAGUUUCUGGAUUUGUAGAAAGGGUGGGUCUAGACGAUCCCUUUCCAACCUAAAAAGCAGUGAUUCGGUGAAGUAGAUCUUUGUGAUUUGGGAAUGCUUCUGGAAGUUGCCUCUGAUGUGGAUGCAGUUGCACAUGCUUGCUUUGUCUAAGUUUGGAAGGACCUAAGAUGGCCCUUUGGCCUAACGUUUCUUUUGGGAACAGCCUAGCUGAGAAAUAGCCGGCAAGGUGUUAUCACAAAUGUGCCUGCCAGAGAGUGUGGAAUUCUGAUUCUGAGUAUUUGAAAAUUGGGGCUGUGUAUUCUUGCUAUUUGAUGGGAAUGGCUCGAGAUCAAACUGACUAUAUGUAAACAUGGAGAGACAUGCUGAGAUGUGGUGGGGCAAAGUUCCCCAAAGAAAAGAAAACUUGGAAAAAUAAAUGAAAUGGGGGGGGGAGUGUUUAAAGUAGAACAUACCCAAGUGAUAUCUAGCAUUGUUUAACAAUACACAAUGUUUGCUUCAAUCUUUUUCUCCUUUGAUCCUCACUACUUGCUGAGGCAGGUGGUGGUGUCCUUGUAUUACCACCUAAGAGAUUGUGGCUUAGAGCCUUAAUACAGGCUGAGACACAGUAGGUGCUCAGGAGGUAUUGAAUGAAUUCAUCAGAACGGCUGUGAUUUGCCCAAGUUGAUAUCACUUGUCAGAGUUGAGACAGAACUUAAACUUGCCACAUCCCGGCCUUUCAAGAGUUUACUUAAUUGUGAUUGAAAUCUUAGCUUUCUGUUUUAUCACCAGUUUUGGGCCUGUAGAAAGAAGGAAGAGGAAAAAUGAUGAGAAAGCUUCAAAAGGGAAUAAUAAAAGGGUUGAAAAGAUGACAUGAAUAUGGGGAAGAUAAGAAUUUCAUUGAAAAAUAGAUGUAAAACUCUAGCAAAAUGUAAAGUGUUUGCUUUCAUUUGUCAUUAUUGUAACCAGUGAUGGAAAGGAAGUUACAGGCCUAAUUUCUUGGUUGCAUGAGGAAAUGCUAUUAUUAGAUUCUUGCUGAAAAGAGAAAUGGAAAUUUGGGGGAAGAGGUUAAAUGAAAUAAGGAAUAGGAAAGAGAAGCUGAAAGAAACGAUUUGCAAAUCUUCCAAUGUCGGGAAAAUUGGGGGAUGGAAAAAAAUGCCAUCUGUACAAAAAGUCAUAAUGAAGCUAUUGUGUUGAUUGGGAAGUCUUUGGAGGAUUGUCCUCUGGAUGAAGAUGAAGAUGCGUUUCAGGGGCUGGGAGAGGAAGAUGAAGAGAUUGAUCAAUUCAAUGAUGAUACAUUUGGGUCAGGUGCAGUUGAUGAUGACUGGCAGGAAGCACAUGAGCGCCUGGCUGAAUUGGAAGAGAAGCUACCAGCAGCAGUUAAUGAGCAAACAGGCAAUGGAGAAAGAGAUGAGAUGGACUUGUUGGGUGACCAUGAGGAGAAUCUGGCAGAGAGGCUCAGUAAGAUGGUGAUUGAAAAUGAACUGGAAGAUCCAGCUAUCAUGAGGGCAGUACAGACCAGGCCAGUGUUGCAACCUCAACCAGGAAGUCUCAAUUCCAGCAUCUGGGAUGGAUCUGAAGUUCUGAGGCGAAUCCGAGGACCACUGCUUGGUCAGGAAAUGCCUACAGUGUCUGUAUUAGAGUAUGCCUUGCCUCAGAGGCCCCCACAGGGCCCAGAAGAUGAUCGGGACGUUUCUGAGCGUGCAUUACCAAGGAGGUCAACUUCGCCUAUCAUUGGGAGUCCUCCUGUUAGAGCUGUCCCCAUAGGCACCCCACCUAAGCAGAUGGCUGUACCCAGCUUCAACCAACAGAUUCUGUGUCCGAAGCCUGUCCAUGUUCGGCCCCCAAUACCACCACGUUAUCCUGCUCCCUAUGGCGAGAGGAUGUCUCCAAACCAGCUCUGCAGUGUCCCGAAUUCUUCCCUACUGGGUCACCCUUUCCCUCCUAGUGUUCCUCCUGUUCUUAGCCCUCUCCAGAGAGCACAGCUUCUUGGAGGAGCACAGCUACAGCCUGGACGGAUGUCUCCCAGCCAGUUUGCACGGGUCCCUGGAUUUGUUGGCAGUCCACUUGCUGCCAUGAAUCCCAAGUUGCUGCAAGGGCGAGUUGGGCAGAUGCUUCCCCCAGCACCAGGCUUCCGUGCCUUCUUUAGUGCUCCACCCCCCGCUACACCACCUCCUCCUCAGCAGCACCCCCCUGGCCCAGGACCUCACCUGCAAAACCUAAGAUCUCAGGCCCCAAUGUUUAGACCAGACACAACUCACCUUCAUCCACAGCACCGUCGACUCUUACAUCAGAGGCAGCAACAGAAUAGAAAUCAGCAUCGCAGUCUCAAUGGUGCAGGAGAUAGAGGAAGUCACCGGAGCAGUCAUCAAGAUCACCUCCGAAAGGAUCCAUAUGCCAAUCUCAUGUUACAGCGAGAGAAGGAUUGGGUCUCCAAAAUCCAGAUGAUGCAGCUGCAAAGCACUGACCCCUACCUGGAUGAUUUUUAUUACCAGAAUUACUUUGAAAAACUGGAGAAACUCUCAGCUGCUGAAGAAGUGCAAGGUGAUGGCCCUAAAAAGGAGCGCACCAAGCUCAUUACUCCUCAGGUGGCCAAGCUGGAGCAUGCCUAUAAGCCAGUGCAGUUUGAGGGCUCUUUGGGAAAGCUAACUGUCUCUAGUGUGAAUAACCCUCGAAAAAUGAUUGAUGCUGUUGUGACAUCUCGGAGUGAGGAUGAUGAGACAAAAGAAAAACAGGUUCGGGACAAAAGACGAAAAACCCUUGUCAUAAUUGAGAAAACCUACAGUUUACUCCUUGAUGUGGAGGAUUAUGAAAGGCGUUACCUCCUAAGUCUAGAAGAAGAUAGACCUGCCCUGAUGGAUGAGAGAAAGCACAAAAUUUGUAGCAUGUAUGACAACUUAAGGGGGAAAUUGCCUGGACAAGAGAGGCCAAGCGAUGACCACUUUGUACAGAUCAUGUGUAUCCGAAAAGGGAAGAGAAUGGUUGCCCGUAUUCUUCCUUUCCUUUCCACAGAGCAAGCCGCUGACAUUCUCAUGACAACAGCCAGGAACCUCCCUUUCCUUAUCAAGAAGGAUGCACAAGAUGAGGUGCUGCCAUGCUUAUUGAGUCCCUUCUCUCUCCUCCUCUAUCAUCUUCCAUCAGUGACUGUCACCAGCCUUCUGCAACAGCUAAUGAACCUACCUCAGAGUGCAGCCGCGCCAGCACCCGCCAGCCCCCACCUCACUGCUGUGCUCCAGAACAAGUUUGGCCUGUCACUGCUCCUCGUCAUCCUGAGCCGUGGGGAGGACCUACAGAGUUCAGACCCCGCUUCAGAAUCCACGCAAAACAGCCAGUGGACGGAGGUGAUGUUCAUGGCAACCCGAGAACUUCUGCGGAUUCCCCAGGCAGCCCUGGCCAAGCCGAUCUCUAUACCCACAAACCUAGUAUCCCUCUUUUCUCGUUAUGUUGACCGACAGAAACUGAACUUGCUGGAGACAAAACUGCAGCUAGUUCAGGGGAUACGGUAAAGAUCUCCACAUGCGUCCUGUACCUCCUCUUGGCUGCCACCUGCACUGCUGCCAUCGCCAAUGGAGUGUUGUUUUUAAUGAGGGAGGGAAGGUAGCUUAUUCCCAGAGCAUCUUGUGGGACCCAUUCCUGUUCACAGGGUUGUCUCUGAGUGCCAGGUAUUGCCCCACUGCUCUGAGAUCUGGCUGGGUGAUACUUCUGCUGGUUUCUUUUACCUUCUGUGUUACAAUUCUGCAUGUCCUACUUUUCCUCAAUUCUUCUCAAUUUCGCAUUUUCUUUGCCCUAGAGACACAAAUAUAAUCUCUCCCUUUGUCCUACCACCACUACUCCAGUUCAGAAUAGAUUGUAGUCUGCCAAAGGGUUCCUUCCCUCAUCCUAUCGCAGUCUGUUUUUAUUGCCCCAUAUUAACAUGCCCAUAGGAGAGCCAGUUGAGUAGAAAUCAAUAUAGAUAUGCACACGCACCCUAUAUAUACAUUUAUGUGGUCUCCAGAGGAUCCUUAAAGAAGGAGUUUUAGAUUGAGAACUAUUUAGUUGACACAUCCCUUUUCUAACCACAAACCAGCUGAUGUAUUUUUAAUCUGUUUCUCGUCCAUCUUGUAAUGAAUUUGGUGGGUUCUUCUUGUUUUAAUAUAAAUAUAGGGUAUGCAGCACGUUUAAUAAAAUCAGAAUUCUUAAUUGGCCGAUGCCCAGCUCUAGGCUGAGAAGUCCUUUAUCUUUUCCCCCACUUGUAUUUCCUUUUUUCUGUCCACCUCAGUGGAAACAGCACACGGUUAAGCCUUUUCCUGCUACAACUACAGUGUACUUGAGCCUGUCCCCUCAGGGACAUGGAGGAUUGCCAGAGAUGAUCCGAACUUAGAGCCUGCUUCCACAGUGUGGCUUUUGCACACUUCCUCUGUCUUCCUGAAACUACUUCAGUAAGCCAUGCCGUUCCUUCUCUCUUCCCUGUUUUUAUUUGGUGUUGUGGGUAGAAGCCCCAGACCUAACCAUGGAAGCUAAGUUCGGCCCACCUUGCUCUUCAGUCUUCUCCACACUGUGGGCAGAAGCGCCGUCCUUGCUACUUCAUCUCACCCAGGUCCCAUUCCAGGCAGCCAGGGCCUGGGUUUGAAUUCUAGCGGGGACAGCCUGCCAUCAUCCUUUCCACUCACCCUCUCCCGUUCAGCAGUCAGCCAGGUUAAGGGGUUUGGUCCCUAGUGGUUACAGCCCUCAAGGAAAUGAAAUCUGAAUUAACUCUACAUGACUGUCCUUGAUACACAUUCUGCUGUUCUCACCUUUUCGAAUGUAGUAGGGGGACAGGUCAUGAUGUUUGAAGAGAAGAAGCAUUUUGCACAUACACGUGUUGUACAACAGUAAACUCCUCCGUUGUAACCAGCCGUCACGUCUCCAUCUCCAUCUCUUCCCGUUCUGUAGCCCCGGCUCCACCAGCUGUUCCCCCUUGGCGUUGCCGAGCUUCCCCACGCGGUUAGCUACUGACUCUUUCCACUCUGCGCCUUUCCUCCCUUCCCCUCACAACUGAUCAAGUGAAGACUUGGUUAUUAUUUCUUCCUUUAUGUGCUUUAUUUUUUUUGUUUGGUUCUAAUUAAUAAAAAUUAAAGUUUCUAAAUUUACAUUUUUAUAGGGUAUUGUAAAUAAAAACAAAUUGUAUACUUGAAAAAAA